CGAUACCAGCAAUUACUUUCUUAAUAUGUAGCCAGCUCAUACUUACUCUUUAUCAAUUUUACACCUUAAUCAAUAUACAAAAUCCCACCACCACCAAACGCCGUUGCCAGCUCCGGCUUCGCCACCGCAACUCUAGCCAGUGAUGGCGGCUUAUGGUGCAGCGGCUUCUCUUAAGAACACGAUUCUGCGUAUUCUACAAUCGUAUCGCAUCUCGCUGGUUCCUCCCUCUCCGGAAGUCUUACAACCGGCAUACGAGGCCAUGGUUCGCUUGCAGAAAGUUGUACAAAAAUUGGAUGAGACGAGCUGCAGCAAGAUCAGGACGAAGGUGAAUGCUUUGGAUGAUCGAAUCAAAGAGGUCGUAUGGGAAUUCGAAGAUGUACUAGAAUCCCUUUACACCGAUCAGAUUCUUCCACAACUCGAGAGCUCAGGAUCAGAUCUCCUGCCUUUCUCUGUAGAUCUGCAGAGUCUGCGGCAGAGUGUUGAUUGCUUUGUCGAGAGGUUGGCGGUCAUGGAGGCGGAGUACGAUGUUGAACUGCUGAACAUGCCUGAAGAAGAAGGCCAAGCUGUUUCCUCUAGAAUUGAUUUUUCUGGAAUCAACUCUACGAUGGUUGGAUUAUCUAAAGAAUUUGAACGAGUGAGGGAUCAUCUUCUUGCAAAAGGUGAAGGUGAAGGUGAAGGUGAAAGUGAAAGUCAAAAUGGAAAUGGAGUGAAUUGGCUACUAGUCACUGGGAUGGCAGGGGUUGGUAAGACAACCCUGGCAAAGAAAGUAUUUGAUGAUCCAAUGAUUCUGAGACAUUUCGAGUUUCGAGCAUGGGUCAGGGUGGGCAGAAAAUGUGAAUCCAAUGAAACCUUACGGUGCAUUCUGGCUCAACUGGAUCCCAACACUCUCGACCAAAUGCUUACCAAAAGAGACGAUGAUGAUGCUGAUCUCGAGAAAUUAGUUGGACUCAUGAAAGAGAGAUUGAAGGAUAAGAAAUGUCUCAUUACGUUGGAUGAUGUAUGGGAAUGGGACACACGAGUAAUGGAUAAUUUGCGAAUAGAGAAUGUCCAAAUCUUGCUUACGAGCAGGAUAGGAAUGGUAGAAUUUCCAAUUCUACAAUUACGUUUCUUGAAUAAAAAUGAAAGUCUGAAAUUACUCAGUGAGAAGGUAUUCGGUGAAGGGGGUUUCCCACCUCACCUUGAUGAACUUGGAAAGAAGAUUGCCUACAAAUGCGAAGGUCUUCCACUUAUGAUAGUCACAGUUGCAGAGUUCCUGUCCAAAGAAGAAAAGACCAUAAGUUACUGGACCGAGAUAGUUCAAAAACAACAUAACUCAGUGUUCGUGGAUGCAUAUAAUCAAAUAUCGGAGGUACUUUUUCCAAGCUAUGACUACUUACCUCAAUAUUUGAAAAUGUUUUUUCUGUAUUUGGGAGCUUUCCUUCCAUAUAAAAAUAUCGAUACAAACUCCGUCUGCAAUUUGUUUAUUGCUGAAGGGUUUAUUGAACCGAAUAUGGAACAAACUUCAGUGGAUUUUUUUUUGGAUUACAUGGAAAAGCUUGAUAGGUAUUAUCAUCUAGUUCUAUUCAGAUUACACAAUGGGUCAUGGUUUUCAUCGACAAUAGCUCGAGUGCAUUCUUGCUGGCAGCACUUGUGUAAGAAAGAAGCUAGUAAGAUCAAGUUUCUGCAUGUCUUACAAAGUUACGAUGAUGUCAUGAGAGAUCAGCGUCGGAUGUGUGCCCAUAGUCACAUGUUGUUUGCCUUCAAGCAAGUGUACGACUUAAUAAAUAGUGACUGCGCAUCCACCGCCCGUUCUUUCCUUUGUCUUGGUCGUUACAACCAAUAUCCGGUGCCAAUACAUGCCAUGAAUUUCAAGUUGCUUAGGGUACUAAGUGCUUACAAAGCCCGAUUCUACCUUAUCCCACUUGAAAUUUUUAAACUAGUUUGUUUGAGGUACCUUUCCCUAACUUGCAACCAAGAUCUCCCAGUUUUCAUAUCCAACCUUUUUCAUCUUCAAUUCUUGAUUAUCAAUCAGCAUUUGUGCAUUAGAAAGCGUGGAGUUGUGUCAUAUAUGCCAGAGAAAUUAUGGAACAUGAAAGACCUACAAUAUAUUGAAGUGACGGGAAGAGACCUACCAACCCCUAAUUCUGAUGCUACUUUGGAUAAACUCUCAAGUCUGAUUUAUGUGAGUGAAAAGAGUUGCACUAGAGAAAUUCUCAAGAGAAUCCCUAAUUUAAAGAAAUUAGUCAUUCGGGUGGAAUUGGAGCCUUAUGACGAUGAAGAUGAUAGCAAAUCAUUAUAUGGUUUGGAUUAUACCUUGGAAGAACUACAUAAUUUGGAGAUAUUGACAUAUAAUCUAGUGAACCCUGAUAUGAAGUAUGCGCGCAUAUUGGAUCUUUCAAUGUUCCCAUCAAGUCUGACAAAGUUGAAUUUGAAGGGCUCAGGGUGUCCAUGGGAACACAUAACUGACAUUGGAUUGUUGCUACCAAAUCUCACGCAACUCACUUUACUCCGUUAUGCCUGUCGAGGCCCAGAGUGGGAUAUAGAAUCAAGGUGUUUUUUGAAACUUGAAAUACUUGUAAUUGAAGACAUCGAUAUGGUGCGAUGGAGAGCUCAACAAGGAAGCCUCCCUAGGCUUAACCUCCUAAGCAUACGACAUUGCUACAAAUUACAACAACUCGACUGGAUUUGUGAUCCCUCAAUGGUCACAACACAUAACAUUGAAUUAAUUGAGUGCAAUCCAUUAGCUGUCGCAUCUGCCAAGCAAUUGAAACCGGAAUCUCUCUUUAAAGUUCGUUGUCACUCUUCCUUUUGAGAUGAGAAGUUAUAGCCACACUCUUAACUUGGUUAACAGCCAAAUGAGAGAGCAGAAGGGGUAAGAUGACGUAGAUUUUCCCCAUCAUACUCGAGUUGUAUUACCGGUUUUUUCAUGAAUCUUCUAAGGAUAGUGAUUUUUAAUCGAGUUACAUGUGUUUUUAAGUUGUUUUAUUGUAAUCGCGUGUGGGCAUGUUGUAAGCUCCUUCAUGGGUUUUUCUUCGUUUGGUUCUUUUCCCAUGUCGUAGGUUUGAAUCAAACAAGACUCUUAUUUCUUAAUACUACAAUUUCUACUUAAUUAUGAUACCAUUUUGAGCUGUGUGAACGUUA